AUGUUCUGGCCGGACAGAGAGAGAUAUAUUCCAUCACCCAGGUAUAUAUUACCUGCAGGACAUAGAUCCCUCCCCGCCGAAUACAACGGGAGACAAUAUGUUGAUGCUUUCUCCCCUCCCUACCGUGUAUACAAACCGAUGUCAUCUAACAGAAUUCAAUGGUCUGAAAGUCAUGAAGAGGCGGAUCAGGGAAAAUCACUCGGAAAAAUUUUCCGACGUUUUGCGGAGAAGACUGCCAUGCAGGGACCGGGAUAUAUUCGCGAGUCUAAGAAGUGGUACGCCAAGGCGGCCUGGUCUAUUCUGCUUUUGACCACUAUGGGCUGGAUGACCUACCAUCUUGUUUUUCUAAUAGCUCACUAUCUGGAAAAGCCUGUACAAACCACAAUUUCUUUGGGUUUCAACAAGCUCCAUUUUCCCUCCGUGACAGUCUGUAAUGUUAAUGUGGUUAAAUUAAGCGACGUACCAUCUACUUCCAAAGAUCUCAAGGAUCUGAUAGCUGCCGGAAAUCCAGUGGGGUCUGGUGGCCCUCCUGGUGGUGGUGGCCCUGGUGGUGGGGGCGGUGGUCCCCCUGGGGGCGGAGGUGGCCCCCCUGAUGGUGGACAACCGCCACCUGGUCGACGAAAGAGGAAUGCUGAUACAUCGCAGCUACAUGAAUUUGCUGUCAAUUUCACGAAAAUAUACCUUGAGUUAGACAGAGCUACAAGAAUUCGGUCUGGACACCAGAUUGAUAUGAUGCUCAUGGACUGUUCCUUUAAUGGACAUAAAUGCUACCCUCAGGAUUUUACAUUAAUAAAUACACCAGAGUACGGAAACUGUUUCACGCUACAUUCAGAAAAAUUUAUUUCCAAAGAAGCCGGGCCAAAGUCAGGCCUUUCUUUCAUAUUCUUCACUGAAAACGACGAGUACGUAGAUUCGAUAAGCCAGGGCUAUGGGUUACGUUUACAAGUACACAAUCCAGGAACCUUUCCUAAUCCAUCUGACAAGGGUUUAUCAAUACCAACAAGCUUCCAUUCAAAUAUCGGCUUACUAGUGAGAGAUGUCAAAAGAGUGCCUCCUCCUUAUAGAGAGUGCGAAGACGUGAUUGGGUUUGAAAAGAAAAAUGGGUUUAAAUACACUCGAAAUGAAUGUCGCAGAACUUGCAUCCAUGCAGCCAUGCGUGACGCCUGUGGAUGCCUUCCACCUAACGCUGAAGAGUUCUACUACUUUAUAAAUAAAACCAAUGAAUAUAAAGGAUGUCAGACGGAAGCAGUUCUUGCCUAA